CUGAGCUGACAGGGUGGCGGCAAUACGAGCAAGAGCAAGCACCCAACAAAAGCGAGCGCAAAGCUGCCCGUCCGCGCGCUUUCUUUUAAAGCGAGCGCCUCAUCCCUUUGCCUGAAGCCACCGCUCCUACUCCUCUAGCUCCAGCGAGAGUGCUGGCAAGAAAGGCAGAGAACUGAAUGCAUUGUGCUGCCGUCGCCGCCUGCAGAGCCGAGGCCAUGAAGAAGGCGGUGGCAAUGGGAGGAGGGGGAGGUGGCGGUGGCAAGGGAGGCACGGCCCCGACGGACCUGCUGGUCUGCUUCCCCGCGCGGCAGCACCUGGCGCUGAUGCCCAAGCCCAUCUGCAGCCCGUCCCGGACCACCAUGAACAAGGCGGCCGCCGCGCGCCGGCGCCAGGUGCCGGGCGCGAGCGUCGCUGGUGGCGUGAGAGCGCGCGGUAGUAGCCCGAUGUUCCGGGGCUCCAAUGCGAAGCAGACGGCGGAGGAUGACGACGAGCCGCAGUCGCCCAAGGUCACGUGCGCCGGGCAGAUCAAGGUCGGACGGCCUAAGAAGCCGCGCACGGCGGCGGCGGCGGCGGGUAAGAACGGGAAGGAGGGAGGCGGCGGAGGCAGGAGCUGGCUCACCGUGGUGGAGGAGAUCGAGCAACUGCACGGCCGGAGGAAGAAGAUGGGUUGGCUAGAGACCGUCGGGAUCAGGAGGGACGCGCUGCCGUUCCUCGGCGGCGCGCUCCGGAGCCUGCUGCUCAAGGCGCGCUGCUUCGGGUCCCUCCACGGUGCGGUGGAGUCCUCCACGGACGACGACGACGGUGCGGUGGCGAACGAAGGCGAACACGGCGCCGGCGGGAGCGCGGCGGCGAGCGUGUUCUCCAAGUGGCUCAUGGUGCUGGAAGGUGGGCAGGAGGCCCUGGAGCAAGACUCCGGAGAAGACGACGAGCGGCAGAGCAAGGAGACGGACGAGUGCUCGUCCGCGCCGCCCCCGAACGCGCUGCUGCUCAUGCGGUGCCGAUCGGCGCCGGCGAAGGGGCUGUCCAGGAGAGGGACAGGGGAGCCGCCGGCCGGUGAGGUCGAGCAAGAGAAGGGGAGCGCGGACGCCGUGCCGGGAGACGGUCACGAUAGCACAGAGGAGGACAGGGGCGAGCUGGUGUUCGUGAGCACAGCGCCGGGCUUCCUGAAGCUGUCAAUAGACAUCGCCCAGGAGACGUGGGUCGUCGGCGGCAUGGACCCCCUCGUGAGGAGCCGGAGCUGGAAGAGAUGAACCCGGCGAGGAGUAUGCUGUGGCCGGCGGUGGAACUUGUUGUACAGAUCACCUCACCGGUGUAUGUUUUCAUUCGGAUGAAAAAUAUAAACCGAAGCUACAAAAAUGCCGAGUUUGUCUUGGAAACAGAGGUUUUCCGUACAAGUUUCGCAAGAACCUGUAUAAUUUUCGCAGAAUCCCAUGAA